AUGUGGUUUCCUAGACAUCAUUCUAAGAGAAUUGGAUCGAUUGAAGAAAAAGGACAUAGUGCUUACGUGUUAUAUAAAUUUGUUCUCAUCAAACCUUUUGACCGGAUUAGUUACAUCCUCAUAUUUGUAAAUCCAUUCACAGUAUCCUUUCCUGAUUUUUUUUGUUUGUUUUUGUUUUUCAGGUAUCUGUACAAGAAUGAAAUUCAUGCCCUAGAUAAGCAAACCUUUAAAGGACUCAGAUCCUUAGAACAGCUCUAUAUUCAUUUCAACCAAAUAGAAACGCUACAGCCUGAGACCUUUGGAGACCUUGUGAAAUUAGAAAGACUGUUCUUGCAUCACAACAAAUUAUCUAAAAUCCCUCCUGGGAGCUUCUCUCAUCUGGAUUCAUUAAAGAGACUGCGUCUGGAUUCCAAUGCUCUAGUUUGUGACUGUGAUUUAAUGUGGCUGGGGGAACUUAUGCGAGGCUAUGCCCGAAAUGGCCAAACUCAGGCUGCUGCCACAUGUCAAUAUCCCAGAAGGCUCCAGGGACGCUCCAUUGCUUCCGUAACAGUAGAGGAAUUCAACUGUGAGAGUCCACGAAUUACUUUUGAGCCCCAAGAUGUGGAGGUAACAUCAGGAGAUACUGUCUAUUUCACUUGCCGGGCGGAAGGAAACCCCAAACCGAAGAUUAUUUGGAUACAUAACAACCAUUCAUUGGAUUUGGAAGAUGAUUCUCGACUUAACUUGUUUGACGAUGGGACACUCAUGAUCCGAAACACUCGCGAGUCAGACCAAGGUGCAUAUCAGUGCAUGGCCAGAAACUCAGCCGGGGAAGUCAAGACCCAGAAUGCCAUGCUCAGAUACUCCAGCCCUCCAGCCAAGCCCAGUUUUAUAAUCCAGCCUCAGGACACGGAGGUUUUAAUUGGCACCAGCACAACUCUGGAAUGUACGGCAACGGGCCAACCACACCCCCAUAUCACCUGGACAAGGGGUAGCGGAGAGGCCCUGGACGGGUCCCGGCAUCUGGUCACUUCUGGAGGACUGUACUUACAGAAUGUCACCCUGCGGGAUCACGGUCGAUUUACCUGUCACGCUGAAAAUAAUCAAGGCUCCGUUCAAGCUACAGCAAACAUAAUUGUACAAGCUCCUCCACAAUUCACAAUAAUUCCCAAGGAUCAAAUGGUGUUAGAAGGACAUUCUGUAGAAUUUCUCUGUGAAGCUGAAGGCAACCCACCUCCGAUAAUUGCUUGGACCAAAGCAGGAGCCCAGCUCCUUCAGGAAGGUCCACAUACAGUUCUCUCCUCUGGCACUUUGAGAAUUGACCACGCGGCACAUCAUGACGAAGGCCAAUAUGAAUGUCAGGCAGUCAGUCCAUUGGGAGUGAAAAAAGCAUCUGUCCAGCUGACUGUGAAACCCAAAGCUCUCCCAGUGUUCACUCAACUACCUCAGGACACAAGUGUACAGGUUGGCAAGAAUAUAAACAUUUCAUGUCAUGCUCAAGGGGAACCACAGCCCAUGAUUACUUGGAAUAAGGCAGGUGUUCAGAUAACGGAGAGUGGGAAAUUCCAUGUCAGUGGUGAAGGUGUGCUCACCAUCUACGACGCAGGGCAAGCCGACCAAGGGAGAUAUGAAUGUGUGGCUCGGAAUGCAUUUGGUCUUGUUGUGGCCAACAUGUUUCUCACGGUCGUUGCAAUACAGGGUAGACAAGCUGGCGAUGACUUUGUUGAAUCAUCCAUUCUUGAUGCCGUACAGAGGGUUGACAGUGCAAUUAACUCCACACGAAGACAUUUGUUUUCACAAAAACCUCACACCCCUGGUGAUCUGCUGGCUCUGUUCCGUUAUCCGCAUGACCCAUUUACUGUGAAGACAGCAAGAGCUGGGGAGAUUUUUGAGCACACACUUCUGCUGAUCCAGGAGCAUGUGAAGCAGGGGCUCACUGUUGAUACAGAGGGAAGAGAAUUCCGCUACAACGACUUGGUGUCCCCGCACGCCCUCAGCCGCAUCGCCAACGUGUCCGGCUGCACGGCCCACAGGCAGGUGCCCGACUGCUCGGACCUGUGCUUCCACCGCAAGUACCGGGCCGCGGACGGCACGUGCAACAACCUGCGGCACCCCGCGUGGGGCGCGUCGCUGACGGCCUUCGAGCGCAUCCUCAAGCCCGCCUACGAGAACGGCUUCAACCUGCCGCGCGGCGCGGGAGCGCGGCCGCUGCCGCCGGCCCGCCUGGUGUCCACGGAGCUGGCGGCCACGGCCACGGUCACCCCCGACGGGCGCUACACGCACAUGCUGAUGCAGUGGGGCCAGUUUCUGGACCACGACCUGGCGCACACGGUGCCGGCGCUGAGCACGGCGCGCUUCUCGGACGGGCGGCCGUGCGGCGCCGCGUGCACCGACGACCCGCCCUGCUUCCCCAUCGCGCUGCCCGACGGCGACCCCCGCCGCGCGCAGGCGCCCUGCAUGUUCUUCGCGCGCUCCAGCCCCGUGUGCGGCAGCGGCCUCACCUCGCUGCUGGCGAGCUCGGUCUACGCCCGGGAGCAGAUGAACCAGCUCACCGCCUACAUCGACGCCUCCAGCGUCUACGGGAGCUCGGAGCGCGAGGCGCGAGCUCUGCGCGACCGCGCGGCGCCGCUGGGGCUGCUGCGCGCCGGCCGGGCCUGGGCGCGCUCCGGGAAGCCCCUGCUGCCGCUCGCCGCCGGCCCGCCCACCGAGUGCGGCCGGCCCCCGGGCGCCCGCCGCGGGCCCUGCUUCCUGGCCGGGGACCACCGGGCCAACGAGCAGGUGGCGCUCACGGCCGUGCACACGCUGUGGUUCCGGGAGCACAACCGCGUGGCCACCGCGCUGUCCGCGCUGAACCCCCACUGGGACGGAGACACCCUGUACCACGAGGCCAGGAAGAUUGUGGGCGCGGAGCUGCAGCACAUCACCUACAGCCACUGGCUGCCCAAGAUCCUGGGGGAGCCCGGCAUGAAGAUGCUGGGGGGCUACCGGGGCUACGACCCCAACGUCAACGCGGGCAUCUUGAACUCCUUUGCCACCGCCGCCUUCAGGUUCGGCCACACGUUAAUCAGUCCUGUUCUGCAUCGGCUGAACGACACCUUCGGGGAGAUCCCCCAAGGCCACCUGCCACUGCACAAAGCCUUCUUUGCACCUUCCAGAAUAAUCGAGGAAGGCGGGAUCGACCCCCUCCUCCGGGGGCUGUUCGGCGCGGCAGCGAAGCUGCGGGUGCCUUCGCAGCUGCUCAGCCUGGAGCUGACCGAGAAGCUCUUCUCCACCGCGCGCUCCGUGGCCUUGGACUUGGCAGCCACCAACAUUCAGAGGGGGCGAGACCACGGCCUCCCUCCCUACGCCGACUUCCGCGUGUUCUGCAACUUGAGCUCCGUGCAAAGUUUCGAGGAUCUUCAGAAUGAAAUUAAAGAUGUAGGCAUUCGACAAAAACUGAAAAACAGGAAAAUGACUCCAGGAGAGGCUUCUCUCUGAAAUGCUAACCUGAACCAGAUAUCCUGGGCAGAAGAGAGGCUCCAGCAAGGAACUGCACGGUUUCUGGAGCAAUCCAGGUGAAAUGAGAAGGCAACAGAGAUAGGCUCAUGGCAGUAUAUGCAACACUAUCAGUAUUUUAAAUGUUUCCUGUGCAGACAUUUUCUGCAUUAAAUAAACCUUGGAGCAAGGUUUGCUUUGCAAUUCACUGGAGGCCCACUUCUCAAUUUGCAGCUAACUUGUAAAUUCACCACCAAUUACAGAGUAGCAGAAAUGUGUCCUUUUAAAAUGUUCUCAUCUGGGGCAACUGGGUGGCUCAGUCGGUUAAGUGUCCAACUUCAGCUCAGGUCAUGAUCUCUAGGUUUGCCGGUUCGAGCCUGGCACCAGGUUCUAUGCUAGCAGCUCAGAGCCUGGAGCCUGUUUCAGAUUCUGUGUCUACCUCUCUCUCUGACCCUCCCCCACUCAUGAGGGGGCAAAGUCUGGGUUGUGGUUUUAGUGUUACUGCUUUGACACAGAUCUGCUGAUUAGAAGUUCCAGUCCCCUGGUUUGGGCAUAAGCUUAUGUGUGUACAGAUUAGUUCUGAAAGGGAAUAGGAAUUUUCCAUGGAAGCGACAGUCUGAAUGCAGAUUCCUUGUUUACGUUUAUAUCUUUCCCCCAUAGUUUAUAGUUAUGUAACUCACAACUAAUUGGCAUCAAUGUUUGACUCUCCUUUUGACGAUCCUUCUCAAAACACUGAAUUUAGUUUUCACAGGACUAAGUACACUCCUCUUUUUACACAAAGAUUUCAUUAUUUUUUGUAACACAUAAUUAUAAUCCAAGUCACAAGGACGGCUGCCAUAAGCAAGUUUGUAAACUCCACUGACUCCCUUGCUGACAGCUCACGAGGCUGCAGCUGCCGUUGGGGCAGGGGCCCCCAACCCAGGAAGGAGCCCCCAACCCCAGGGCCGUCAGCCACCAGCCACGUGGGCAGGAAUGGGGAGCACUGAAGAUAUGGUUCUGGGGGAAGAAGACGUUGUCUAACAACUGAUACCUACUGUGCACUCUAGACAUUUUGUAAUAAUUUAAAUAUUUGGGACAUAUAAAAGGCUACAUAUGAUACUGUAAAACUAAGAGAAAGCUCAAGGGGUUGGGGGUAGGUAGAGGGGUGGUGUCAGGAGACCCAGGUUUUUGCUCUCUGUUAGACAAAUUGAUUUGUGUGACUUGGAUGACUUUAGAUGAAUUUUUUUGUUUUUUCACCUGCAGAGUGAGGAUGCGUCACUUAAGACUGAA